AUGUACCAAAAAUUUCGGGUGAUUGAUGAAAAAGUAAUAGCAAAUAUGAGUGCAUUAUUCGAAGAUGUUGAUACUCCAAAUAAUUAUCCUGAUAAAGUCUACGGAGGAGAUACUCCGGUAUUCUUGCAACAAGCAUCGCAUAUAACUGGUGGAAAAUACUUGAAGCUUGACAAGGCCCAAGGAUUAUUACAAUUCUUAAUGCUUGUUUCUGUCACAAAAAGAUUAUUGAUGUAG